CCCCGUCCCUUCUCUGGACUGGAAGUCCGACCCAAACGGAGAUUUUUACGAAAACAUCGACCGCAGACUGCGUAGCAGAGCCGACGAGCACCGUGUGACGACGACCAGGACCCCCGAAGCGCUGGACCCGGUGGCGUGACAGCCACGUCGAUGGCGUUUCUAAAGUUAUACGACGAUCUUUGGCCUUAAAUACGUUAGUAGGGUUGAGUAGUUUCAGCGGCAAUGACUGUAGCUUCACUCGUUAGAUAGGAGGACGGAGAGAGAGAGGGGCCAAAGUGGACUCCCCCUCCCCUCGGUACUGAACCGUUCCGCCCGAUGGAGGCUGACGGGACCCUUGCUGCAGGCCCGGAACGUUACCUGUGAAGCGCCUACAACUCGCUGCAGGAGGUUUUUGAGAUAAGGAAAAAUAAUCGCACUCAUAUGUUUGUUUCUUGGACUUGUUUUGUCAAUUUCGAUAGCUUGUAGGGAGGAAAAAGUUGGCACGAGACGAGCCCCGCGCGCAGGAUGACGAUCAUUGAUAACACCUAAACGACAGGUAACAGGUGAACGACGCAGCUUGUUAAUGGACUUUUUUUUUUCUUCCUGCGGUGGACAUUUAACUACGAAUACACCUGCAGAUAUAUCUGCUCCUGAAGAAGACUGAACUUUUUUUAAAUAUUGGACUUUAUUUUCCUCCCUCCACGCCAAGUCUCGCCUCUCCCAGAGAAACCAUCAUCAUGUCACUCAAAGACAACGCUUGUCGGAAAUUUCAAGCCAACAUUUUCAACAAAAGCAAAUGUCAAAACUGCUUCAAACCCAGAGAAUCCCAUCUGAUGAACGAUGAAGACUUAAACCAGGCAAAACCUACAUAUGCAGGAUGGUUGCUUCUCGCUCCCGAGGGAACAAACUUUGACAAUCCCUUACACAGAUCUCGGAAAUGGCAAAGAAGAUUUUUUAUCCUCUAUGAGCACGGAUUACUUCGCUAUGCUCUGGACGAAAUGACCAGCACUCUACCCCAAGGGACAAUCAAUAUGAACCAGUGCUCGGAUGUCAUCGAUGGUGAGUCCAGGACUGGUCAGAAGAACUCUCUGUGCAUCAUCACCCCUGAGAAAGAACAUUUCAUUCGAGCUGAAUGCAAAGAAAUCAUCAAUGGGUGGCAGGAAGCACUGACGGUGUACCCCAGGACCAACAAGCAGAACCAGAACAAAAAGCGAAAGGUUGAUCCUCCCACUCACCAGGGUGGAGUAACGCCAAGCCAGUGUUUUUCCACUGAAGACAUGAAUGGACACCCAGAGCCUGGACCUGCUAAGGUAACAGUGACCAGCAGUGGAGGCAGCAUCCCAUGCCUUACCAGCAGCAUUGCCAGCGCAGAGCGGGUCCCGAUGAGCCGUGCAACUCUGUGGCAGGAGGAGAGCCGCUGGAGCAGGGCCACCAUCCCCUGCAGCCGCAGUGCUUCCUGUCUCAACCAGCUGAGCCAAAGCCAAACAGACUCCGGUGGCACCACUCAAGAUGAUGGCCACACUGUGAGCACUGGGCGAAAGGUACGAGUGGAAAGUGGUUACUUCUCCCUGGAGAAGACCAAGUCAGAACCUUCUCCGCAGUCUGCACAUCACUCCCAGCCCCCCCAGAGUCUGCCCCUGACCUCUUCAGCUUCAUCCUCCUCUGUAGGAGCUCCCAGUUCCAGCUCCUCCCAGAGCUCGCUGGAAUCUGAACCCAGCGGGGCUUCGCUUGCCUGGGAGGGGCGCAGUGGUGGUGGAGAGAGCACCCAUAGUGUCAGUAGUGGAGGAAGCAGAGUUGGCCGGUCUGGCAGGGAGUACACAGCACUGUCGGACGUGCCCCGGGCCCGCAUACUGAGCUACCAAGAAGCUUUCCGCUCAGAGAAAAAGCGCCAAGAGCUGAGGGCACGGACACGGAGUCCAGGGAGGGAGGAGGUGGCUCGACUAUUUGGGGAGGAGCGCAGGCGAUCUCAAAUCAUUGGUCGGUUUGAGGAGGGUCAACAUACGGACCGUAUGGAUACCAGCAGCUCCACUGAGCCCUCAGUCAACCCUACAGCGAUUCAGAGACAAGGCCGGAGCGAGAGGCGCUAUCUGGACGGCAAACAUGAGAUGUCACUGGAUACAUGGAAGGACUGUUUAGCCCCUGAUGUUUCCAGCUCCAAUUUUGCCAAUUUAAGAAGAGCCAAGUCACUGGAUCGUCGAGUCACAGAGUCGUCAAUGACUCCGGAUCUGCUGAACUUUAAAAAAGGAUGGAUGACAAAGCUUUAUGAAGAUGGAAUGUGGAAGAAGCACUGGUUUGUUCUGACAGAUCAGAGCUUGCGGUACUAUAAGGACUCAAUAGCCGAGGAGGCCUCAGAACUGGAUGGUGAGAUUGACCUUUCAACGUGUUACGAUGUCAAAGAGUUUCCAGUCCAGAGGAAUUAUGGCUUCCAAAUCCUUUGUAAAGAGGGAGCGUGCACCCUGUCAGCUAUGACCUCUGGAAUCCGUCGCAAUUGGAUUCAGGCCAUUAUGAAGAAUGUGCGACCCACUAUUGCCCCCGACGUCACCCGGAAAAACAUCUCUCUGAAACUGUCCGUUCUGAAGCCCAGAUCCAUCCCUGAUGAACAGAUAAAAGGUCAUGUGACAUUGGAACCAUGUCCUCAAACUACUGACCUUGGUCCAAGUGUUGAGAUACCUAAAUCUGAUGACCACAAACAUCUGCCAGGCAGCACCCCUCCUUCUGAGCCACGUAAAAGAGGAGUCCGUGAACGCAGACGAGAUGGCCGCUCCAAAACGUUUGACUGGGCCGAAUUUAAAAUGGAACGCAAAGAAAAGCCUGCAAAAGAACGAGCGGACACUGUUGACCUCAGCUCAUCAUAUUCCACAGCUUCCUCCGGCUACUCCCCCUCAUCUUCUCCUUCCUCGUUGGCAUCCUCCCCUGUGUCUUCCUCCUCCCUGCAGACCUCAUCUGUAUCGGGUCCUCAGCCACAUAUUAUGAAAGAGGAAGCAGAAAAGGAAAAUUUUAGGAGAGACAACUCAUUGCACAAUACAACCAGUGCAGGUCUUAUGCCAAAAACAGUUUCUGUUAUUUCAACUCUUAACACUGCACCGUUGGUACCUGACAGCCAGGAACAAGGACAAAUGGAAGUAGACCCCCCUGCUGCUGUCUGCCUAAAGAGUGAAGAUGCAACAGAUGGCAUAGCUUCAGAUGUCCAAGAAGAAAUUGAACAAAGGUGGCAUCAGGUGGAGACGACACCAUUAAGAGAAGAAAAGCAAGUGCCAAUCAUUCGGACUCUAGGAGACUCUGAGCGAUUGCCUGCACAUGAGCUUGCUGCGCUGCUAGACAAGGAGUUGGGACAGAAGCAAAAGGAGCUGGACCAACUACAGGAGCAGAACAAACUUUUAAAAGAGCAACUGGAAAAUGCACUUGGGAGAGAGCAAAGUGCCAGAGAGGGAUAUGUCCUGCAGAGCGCAACACCUCCUUCCUCAUCACCUCACAGAGUUCCAUGGCAACACUUGCACAAGCUGAAUCAAGACUUACAGGGGGAACUGGAGUCCCAAAAGCGCAAGCAGGAUGUCACGCAUCAGCAAAUCCGUACUUUAAAGAGAAGUUACACUGAAGCUCAGGAUGCUGUUGACCGCCACGAGGCUGAUAUUCAGGCUCUGCAGGCUAAACUUGCAUCUGCCAUGGCUGAAAUCUUAGCUAGUGAACAGGCUUUAGUUCGAAUGCGCAACGAGCUCAAACUGGAGCAGGAGCGUUCAAAAGAGCAGGAGGAGGAAUAUGGACGCAACGAGGCCACCCUACGAGCCCAGCUGAAGGACAGCGAGGACAGACUCCGUGAAAUUGAGGCCAACCUCUUGGAAAGAAAUCAGGCCCUCAGGCACCUAGAGCAUCAGCAGGCCCUGCAACGAGACCACAAGAAGGAGAUACAAAGAUUGCAGGAGAGGCUGCAGGAGGUAUCAGCUCGACUACUUGCUACUGAAGAGGGUCUGGCACUUAAGGAGGAGCGCCUGAGGAUUGAGCAACUAGGCUUGCUAGAGAGUCACGAGAAGGAAAGACAGAAUCUGAGUAGGAGAUUAGCUGAGGCAGAAACUUCACAGAGGGAAGUAGAAGACCGACUGUUAGAGGCUGAGCAGCAGGUUGAGGCCUUGUUGAGAGGGAGACGGGCCUCAGGUGGUAAAGAAUACAAAGAGGAGAUGUUGAAGCUGCAAGAGCAGCUGUCACAAAAAACCGGCACAGUUGAGUCRUUGAGGGAAAGUGUACGCAGGCUAGAGGAAGAAAAAGGCCAUCUCACGUGUCGCUGUCAGGAACUUUUGAACCAGAUCUCAGAGGCAGACCGUGAAGUGAACAAGCUUCGUAAUCGUCUGGAAACUGAAGAAGCCGAUUACUAUGCCCUGGAGCAUUCAUAUGAGAGAGCUACGCACGAGUUUCAAAAAAUGAGCCAGUUUCUUAGAGAAAAAGAAGAGGAAAUUCGACAAACUAAGGAGAUGUAUGAAAGAUUAAUGGAACGAAAAGAGGAGGACCUGAAAGAGGCUCUUGUCAAAAUGACUGCACUUGGCACCAGCUUGGAGCAAACUGAACAGAAGCUGCAAGCAAAAGAGGAGCUCCUUUGUCAAAUGAGUCAAAGUUUCAUCAAUAAAGCUGAGYCCUGCAAAGCUGAAAAAGAUCUGCAAGCCAAGCUUGUGGUUGCAGAGGACCGCAUUGCAGAAUUAGAGCAGCACCUCAAUGCUCUCCAGCUGGGUUAUGCUGAUCUAUGCAUGGAAAGGGAUCAAAUCMCAGAACAGGAUAAGAAGGAAGGAAUUAAUACAUCAAAUGUGGAGUUUUCUGAUGAUGAUGCUUUUAGAACUGAGAACUCUUCAGAUAAGGAUUUUCAAGCUAAAAGACCAAGAAUUCGUUUUUCCAAUAUUCAGUGCCAAAAAUAUAUCAGUCCUGAAGACGUGGACAGUAGCCAUGCGAGCAGUCAUUUCGUUGACAAAGAACAAACCAGUAACCACAAUGUUAUUGUAGACCUCCACCUAACUGAAGAGAACAUUUCUCCACAUACUAGUGACCCAGAAAAGUUUAUUUCUAUCAUACACGCUCUAGAAACUAAACUGCUUGCCACUGAGGAAAAGCUGAGAAAUCUUACACAGAAUUUAGAUGUGCAAGAAUUCACUCAAACUGAUGACAUGUCCAGCUCUGAUUUAAAUAUGUCAGAAAACAAGCCUUGCCCAGACGUAGGGUUUACUGGUUGCAGUGAAACAAAGAGUGGUUCUGCUUUUAAGGAUUAUACCAAGGCCCUGGUGUGUGUUGAAAAUGGUCGAGAGAAAGUGAGGGCAAUUCUUUCCGGCUCCCAUGGCACGACGGAUUCACAGCUGCACUCGCUGUCUGAGAUAGAAAAUGAUUUGUUGAAUGCRUCUCUGCACAUCCGACAAGGCCAAAAGACGCUGGAAGAGCAGUCACCAGCUAUCCAUCAAAAUCAACCCCCAGAGACUGGAGAUAGUGAGGCGCUGCUCCUCUUUGCCAAAAUGCUGUCGUUUGAAGCUGUGGUUUUAAACAAGAUGGCUUUGUUAAUACAAACUUCAAAGUCUGACCUCCAACAAGCUCUUGUUGAGAUAUGGGAGGACUUGGAGCACAUUAAAAGGAGUGAAAAGGAUUGCUUGGCUGUAGUUUAYGCUGAUGUUUUAACCAGGAAGUUGAUAUUGGAAGGCGCAUUCUGGAAGGAUGUGGAGAGAGCUCAGACAGAUGCUGCUUCAUUUAAACAGAGCAGUGAAUCUGUUGACGUAGACAUUGAUGCCACUGUGGUCUUCAACACCUUCCUCAAAGCAGAACUGGCUUACUCAAUUCAGAGUCUUAAACUUGGCUAUGAAGAGAAGUUUGAAAUGCUGAAAAGGGAGUUGACUGAAGCCCAUAAUAGGCUGUAUCAAAGGGAAAUGGCUUUGAGAGCAAUUAUUGAUGCCUCUAAAAGGCCUGAAUUAAAGGCUGUGGUUAAAGAGGUCAAACAUAACCUUGGGUUUGGUAAACAGAUGUUGGCUGACAUUCAACCCCCUGAGCUUGCUCCUUACAUGGACCAGAUUGAAAAGGACGAAGCUAGAGAUUUAGCUGAGGAAAUCGUCGACAAACACUUGGCUGACGUCACGCCCUCUUGUGGUGUUGAGUCUAUUGAGUCAUUUCAAAAUGCUCAUGAAAACUUGGCUAGUGAGCUUCAAAGGCAAGCUGCAGUCCUGCACAAGUUUGCUCAAGAGUUAGAAAGCAGUGAAAGUCACCCUGUGCUUUCUAAAAUGAUCCAUACUGUUUUAGGGCACCAGACAUCACACAGUUUGACGAGCACCUCUCUGUGUAUGCGGGAAGCCCUGAUACAGGCUCAAGUGGCUUACGUAGCCUGUAGGUUACGGGUCAUGCACGAGCAAGAGAUGAGUUUGCGUAAGCGGACCAGUCAAAAUAUGGAAGCUCUUGURCAGCAGCAUGCCUGCAAUGUCGCAGCAAUCCAAGAAAAAUACGAAGCCUCUGUUCAAAAAGAGCGAGAGAACUUCACCCACACGGUGGCCUUACUCCAGACGGAGAACCAGACGCUGAAAAGUGAGAUUGGUAAACGUGUAAACGAGCUGUCCCAACAGCAAGAGCAAGUAGCCCUUCUGGAGGAUUGUUUCCAGAGGCAGACUGAGGACCUGAAGCAGAGAUACAGGAUCGAGCUCAGCCAAGCAGAGCAAAGUCAUGCCUCGACAGAGCUGGCCCUCAUGGAGACAGCAGCCGACAGCCAACGAAACCUCGAGCUUCUACUGGUCGACAUUGACGGCAUGGAACAACACCACACAAGUCACAUAAAGAAACUGCAGGAGCAGUUUGAAGAGAAGAUGGGAGAGCUUCAUCAAAUCCACAAAGAGGAGGUUGAUAAGAUACAUUUGCAGUAUAUGGAAAGCCUUCAGUGUGCCAAAGAAAGGCCUGAGGUCUUUGACUCUUCCUCCUGUCAUGAGACUGCCACACCGAUGGAAGAGGAGGUGGAAGUACACAGCUUGUCAGAGGUGGACUCCAUGGUGGUUCUGAAAGGUCGCAUCCAGGAGCUGGAGACUCAGAUGAAUAGCAUGAAGGACGAGCUGGAGAACAAGCACCUUGAAGGAGACGUGGCCAGCCUGAAAGAGAAAUACCAAAGAGACUUUGAAAGUCUUAAGGCCACAUGUGAGCGCGGCUUUGCUGUAAUGGAAGAAACUCAUCAAAAGGUCAUAGAUGACCUGCAGAGGCAGCAUCAGAGGGAAAUUUCCAAACUCAUGGAGGAGCGAGAGAGACUGCUGGCUGAAGAGACUGCUGCCACAAUUGCCGCUAUUGAAGCGAUGAAGAACGCACACAAGGAGGAACUGGAGAAGACCCAGCGCUCCCAGCUGAGUGGUUUGAACUCAGACAUUGAUGAACUCCGCUUACAAUACGAGGAGGAUCUGCAGUCCAUCCAGAGAGAACUGGAGGUGUUGUCAGAGCAGUACUCUCAGAAAUGUCUUGAGAACGCUCACCUGGCUCAGGCRCUGGAGGCGGAGAGGCAGGCCCUCAGGCAGUGUCAGAGAGAGAACCAGGAGCUAAAUGCUCACAACCAGGAGUUAAACAACAGACUAACCGCAGAAAUCACUCAGAUGCGUUCCUGCUUCAGUGGUGAAACCGCUCUGUCACCUCUUACCCAUGGCAAAGACGUGUAUGAGUUGGAGGUGCUGCUACGAAUAAAAGAAUCAGAGAUUCAGUAUCUUAAACAGGAAMUCCACUCUUUAAAGGAUGAGCUGCAUUCUGCUUUAAGGGACAAGAAAUACGCCACUGACAAAUACAAAGAUAUUUAUACUGAGCUGAGCAUUGUGAAGGCAAAGGCCGACUGUGACAUCAGCAAACUCAAGGAGAAGCUGCUCAUGGCCACAGAAGCUUUAGGGGAGAGGACGGUCGAUGACUCUGUUACAUCUGGAUACGACAUCAUGAAAUCAAAAAGUAAUCCAGAUUUUAUGAAAAAAGAAAAGUCCAACACAUCCAGGCAGCUGAGAAAUGUGAGGUCAAAGUCUGUCAUUGAACAGGUCUCAUUGGAUAGCUGACACUCCUAAUGUGGGGUGAUUUCCCCAUCCCAACCCCCACCCCACGAUGUGCUAGCCUGAAAGAGGGACUAACCGUUCAGGAUCGCAUGAAGCUUUUUGAGGCAAAAGACCCAAGAAAGAUUUAAUUAUCAGUGAAUGACGAGUUUCCUCUUACUUUUUUUGCAAUCCGAUGUAUGAUCAGAUCUUCGUGGAAAAGUCUUGAACUGAACGCUCAGAUUCCAUUCCUCUGUCUUUUGAUUAAUUGAAUUUACAGAAUGAAUCCUGUAAGUUAARUUUUUGAACAUUACUUUGCAUUGGAAACGUGUCAAAGGGCUGUUAGAGGGAUUUUUAAUCCGAGUUUCUUUUGAUCCUCAAAAUGCUUAAACUCACAGCAAUACACAGUAUGAAUAAUAUAUAUUUCCCAGUAUGAAUUAGGUAUCUGCUGUAGUUUAUUCUUGUUACAGUGUUUUAUAUUUAGUGAUUUUACGCGUUUUAAUGUUGCACCAGUUGAGUUGUAUAAAGCUACUGGAUUUCUGUGUAGAGUGGAGUUCGGUAGUGAUUGUUGGGACAUCUGCUGUAUUAUAACAAUGGUUUGAGUGAUGAUGGGAAAACGGUGUGAUCAUGUUUGUGUCUGAGAGUUUUCUGACGAGUGUGUCUGUGUGUGAAGGUGGUGUGUGGGGAGGGGGGGAUUGCACUUACUUGACUACUUCAGAAAGCUUGUUUUUAAUUUUAACCUUUGAAAAUUAGUGUAGUAACUACAAGUCAGUCUUUGCAGUGCAACCAAACAUUGAAACUCGUGUAUUAUUCAGUGAACAGUGGUUUCAGGUUUGUGAUACUGUAUAUUUUUUUUCCUUUUUAUUUUUCUUUUUUAAGUUCUUUAACGCUGGUUUCAUGUUUUAUUUGAUGUGAGGAAGUUGUCUUAGCAAAACCAUGUAGGACCUUGCAUGACUGUACUGCUUAAUUUAAACUGCAGAAUGAUCCUGUCGCCUCAUUUUAUUUCUUUUUUAAUGCUUUAGUGUGAAACUUUUAACAUUAAUAAGCUUUGCUUUGCAGAUCCUACUGUUUAGUUUAUUAAGAUUGAAAUGUUUUACUGUAAGCAGCAGUCUGGAAGCACUUGGCUCAGUCCUGAACAUCUCACUAAAUCUAGUUGUUCCUCAACUGUGUGAUGAAAAGAAACAUCCAUGAAACCUGUGCAGCUAUGGAUACACACUGUAUAGUAUUCAAAUCACGCCUUGUACAUAAGAAUAUGCCACACGGAAGCCUUCUGUGUUUUUUUUGUUUGCUCAACAGCUCUACAUGAAUUAUAUAUAAAUGAAUAUUUUUUAUUUCUUUUUGAAUGUAUACCGUCAAAUAAAUGAAGUGUUUUAAAUUGUC